AUGGGGAGUCUGCAGGGAGGGCCCGCGGGGUGGGGAAGCAAGGAGGCCACCAGGGAGCUCGCUGGGAGAGGAGAUUGCAGGAGGCUCGCGGGAGACUUGCAACAGUGCAGGAUGUGGGGACGGCUGUCAUGCAGAGGGAGGUGGAUAUGUUGCAACAUGCCGUGGGGAGAAGACAUCAUAAUGUGCAACGGCUCCCCUGCAAUUUCAAAGUCUAUAAAAUUAGCUCCUGUUUUUCUUCUGUCAAAACAAAUCAGGAAUUCUAGCAUUUUUAAGCCUCUCUCUAAUGUCAAUGGAAAAAUCCAGAGCCAUGGCUGGGAAAACGUGAUCCUGAGGCCAGACUUUUUAGCCUUCGGAUGCAGCAGAAGCCCCUACAACAACGCCACACUCUUUGAGAAAAAUAUGAACGCGGCUCUCGCAGCCGUGGUGGGAGAUGUCGUUCCAUCUGGAUUUGCUACAACAAAUGAGGUGGAAGCAACAGAUCUCACAGAUUCAGUAUACGUUCUGGCGCAGUGUAGAAAGGAUAAGUCCUCUGCUGAUGUUGUUAACUGCAUCAAGGUAGCAACAAAACAAGUUGGCUUCUGUUCCAAUGUUACCGGCGCCAGCGCAAGCUACAACGGAUGUUUUCUGCAUUACGAGAACUAUAACUUUUACAGUUCAAGUUACACCGAUGAGGGAAAUAAACAGGUGUGCGCUAAUGACAACGCAACCACCUCCAAUUCAUUUUCGGCAACUGCCCAAAGUUUGAUAAGCGAUCUUUGCUCUGCAACUCCGCAAAUGAAAGACUAUUUGGCUGCACAGACUAGACAAGGGCCGUCUAAUACCACAGUGUACGGACUUGCCUCGUGUAUACGUUCCAUUCAAAGGAAUUCUUGCCAAGAGUGCCUGAGUAUUGCUAAGACCAACAUAAACAAGUGCUUUCCUCGCUCCGAGGGACGGGCUGUAGACGCUGGCUGCUACUUGCGGUACGAUUCCAAACCCUUCUUACCAAGAAACGCGCCUAUCGGCUUGGCAGAUUUCUUAGCCAGAGGGAAGGAGGAGGUGAGUUCUGUAGUCUGGAUAAUAAUUGGUUUUGUGGGAGGGGUUAUCAUACUUGGCUUUAUAACUUGUCUCAUUGUCUUCCGUAAGCAGAAAAUGCGCGCAAGCGAGAUACAAGUCGAUAAUGAUGAAGCAGCAGACCUUCGUGGGCCGGAAUAUUUUGAUUUCAAUAUUCUGAGAAAGGCAACCGACAAUUUUGAUGAAGCAAAUAAGCUUGGAGAAGGAGGGUUAGGUCAAGUAUUCAAGGGUACGUUGAAAAAUGGCAACAUUGUGGCAAUAAAGAAGCUGACAUUAGGUCGCUCUGCCCUUGCAAUUGCUGAAUUCGAAAGCGGAGGGAAACUCAUUUCUAAUGUUCAUCACAAAAAUCUUGUGCGUUUACUUGGAUGUUGCAGACAAGGCCAAGAAAGGCUCUUGGUUUAUGAGUACAUGCCCAACAGCAGCCUUGACAGAAUAUUAUUUGGUAUAGGAGAACAUAAAAAAGCUUUGAGUUGGAAGGAAAGGUUCAACAUUAUCCUGGGCACUGCUCGUGGUCUGGCCUAUCACCAUGAGGAAUUCCAUGUUUGUAUCAUCCAUCGUGAUAUUAAAUCAAGCAAUAUAUUACUUGACGACAACUUUGACGCAAAAAUUGCAAAUUUUGGGCUGGAAAGACUUCUUCCACAGCAUAAAACUCAUGUUAGCACAGAAUUUACAGGAACCUUGUGA